CUACGGGAAGUGUGGUUUUAUUACCGAAAGCUGACUGCAUUACUACCAAACUCCAAUUUUAUUUUCCUUUCGUGUUUUUAUCAUUGUGUUGAUGCUAAAUAAAUACCAUAAUUUUAAACCAAGUUGAUUAAUAGUUUUUAGGUUUUAGUUUUAAUAGUUUGUUUUAUAUAUAGGAUUAAGAUGUCUUACAGUACAUUAAUUGACGAUUCAGUUCAGGGAGAAUACCGCGGAGGAAGCAGCCGAAGAAGUGGUCACAGUGGAGGCCACGGCAGAGGAUACUUUAAUAACAGAAACAAUGAUGAAGAGAUUAAUGGUAAUGAUAAUUAUGGUUGGGAAAUGCAAAAAAAUGACCAAGAAAGAUCAUCAAGACCCCGUGGUGGUAGAGGGGGUGGUGGUAGGGGAAGAGGUGGUGAAAGGGUAAAUAAUAGAAAUGUUGAUGAGGGAUAUGGUGAUGAUUCUGCUGCUGUUGGUGGUCGUGAUGAUCAACAACCUCCAGCAUCUGAUAAACCUAGACCAACAUAUAUUCCACCGGAGAUAACUGAUGAAGAUUGUUGUGGUGUAGAAGCUGGAAUAAACUUUAAUCGUUAUGAAAAAAUUGCUGUUAAUGUCAGUGGUGAUGAUGUUCCUCGACAUAUUGAAUCCUUCAAGAAUUCAGGUUUACGAGAAGUAUUAUUAGAAAAAUUAAUUAAAUGUAAUUACACCACCCCUACUCCAAUUCAAAAAUAUUCUAUCCCAAUUAUAAACAGUGGACGAGAUUUGAUUGCAAGCGCACAAACAGGAUCUGGUAAAACGGUAAAUAAUUAUCAUUUAUAUAGUAUGAUGAAUAAUUAAUUUAGCUUCAAUUAACAUUGGAUUUUUAAUUUUAUCUAAAAUUUUAACGAUAAUAAUGUGUAGUAAAAUUAAUUAGUUUAAUCUUUUUUUUUUUUUUAGGCAGCAUUUGUUUUACCUAUAGUUAAUAUCCUAAUAAAUCAACCUUCAGAUUUAAUUUGCGAUAGAAAUUAUUGUGAACCACAGUGUGUUAUUCUGGCACCGACCCGAGAAUUGGCUAUACAAAUUCGAGAUGUUGUAUACAAGUUGACAUCGGGAACCUGUAUUAAACAGUCUAUUCUUUAUGGUGGCACAGCUACAUCACACCAACGGAAUCAACUCAAUGUAACUUAGUUUAGUUUAUUGGUACUUGCUUGUUAUCACCCCGCUAGUACACUGUUAUAAAUGUAUUGCUCUGCUAUUCUUGUUUGUUCUCGCCCUGUCAAACAAUACGAAAAACUGUUAAACACACCCAUAAUUUUUUUGAUCUGGACUCAAGCGCACACACACCCAAAACAUUGCGAUGUGGGUUUUUGCUAAAGGGGGAAAUAAAAAGCGCAGUGGAAUCCAAAUAAAUGUUCUAGAAUUGUACUUGGCAGAAUUUAUGUGGAGAAUACUACUUGGUGAAUAAUGUGUUUGAAAUCAUCUUAAUAGAUAUUUCUGAGUUCUGACCUCCAUCCUAAUUUAAAAUAAUUUUUACUAUAUCAUACAAUAUCAUUUUUGCUAUUAUAAUAUACAAUUUAAUUAAUUUAAUAAUAUUUUGUUUACAAUUUUACAUUUUUAAUUACAAUUUAAUUAUGUAUACCUACUUUUAUUUUUCGUAUUGUUUGACGGGGCGGUGAAUUUGUUACGGCAUAUUGGUGGGACAAUAACAAAUAAGUACCAAUUUAUUAAUCAUUUUAAAAAUUUGUUAACAUGCUUGAUGUCUGUUUUACAGAAUGGCGUUCAUAUUAUCGUGGCAACACUGGGAAGAAUCGUUGAUUUUAUUGAUCGAGGAAUAAUAUCCUUUAGAUCCUUAAGGUUCUUUGUGUUGGAUGAAGCUGAUCGUAUGUUAGAUAUGGGUUUUAAAACAGAAAUUGAAUAUAUUUUGAAUCAUGCGACUAUGAUUGAUGUAAGUACUGAUUUUAAAUAUAUAUAAGUAUUAAUGCUUUAUAAUAGCAUUUAUUUAUAUUAAUUUGAUUUGUAGAAUAAUAGGCAAACAAUUAUGUUUUCUGCUACAUUGGCUGAUGAAAUUCAAAUAUUGGCUAAAUCAUAUUUAAAACCAAAUUAUAUCUUUGUUGCUGUUGGUGAAAUUGGAGGUGCUUGCAAAGAUGUCGUUCAAGAAAUCAUAGAGGUAUCCAAGUUUGAGAAAAAGAAGGAAUUGUUAAAAGUCUUAAAAUCUUUAGGUUGGUAUUUAAAUGUAUUUUAUGUAUUGAAUUUUGCAAUAGCAAAUAUAUGUGGUUUUAUGUUUAUUAGGUGAUUGUCAAGGUACUAUGGUCUUUGUUCAGCAAAAGAGAAAUGCUGACUUUAUUGCAGCAUUUUUAAGUGAAAAUAAUAUUCCCACUACUAGUAUACAUGGUGAUCGUCAACAGCCAGAAAGAGAACAAGCUCUGCGAGAUUUUAAGAGCAGUAAAAUGAAAAUAUUGGUUGCUACAGCAGUUGCUGCUAGAGGCUUGGGUUUGUAAUAUGACAUUUUAUUGUCAUUAUUAUUAUUAUUAUUAUUUAUUACAUCAUAUUAUAGAUUUGAAAUAUUAUUUAACUUUAUUAUUUUUCAGACAUAAAAGGUGUUAAUUGUGUCAUAAAUUUUGACAUGCCUUCGUCUGUUGAUGAAUAUGUUCAUCGUAUUGGCCGAACAGGAAGAUUGGGUAACUCAGGAAGAGCAGUUUCAUUCUAUGACAGUUCUUCUGAUUUUAGUUUAGCAUCGGAAUUAAAUAGAAUCUUAAAACAGGUGUGUUGAUUUACCUAGGAUUUUUUUUGAUAUUUCCUUAGGUUUUUUUUUUUUUUAACUAUUCUGCAUUGGUUUUUAGGCUGACCAAGAAGUCCCACCAUUUUUAAUGAGAGAUGGGAGUUUUGGAGACGUUGAUUAUACAUUCAAUGAUAUUAGACAACCUGUGGUAAUUUAUUAAAUUUAAAUUUAUUUAAUUUGUUGAAACAUAUCAAUACUUACCAUAAAUUUGCUCAAACAAAUUAUCUACAUUUGUUUUACCCUAUUUCUUAGUUAACGCGUAUCAAGUGAGCUUUAUUCAACCAUUAAAUUUGUUAAAGAAGUUCCCAAAAUUGUACCAAGAGAAAAAAAGUCAUGAAACAAAAAUAUUUUGAAAUUGUAUUUUAUUUAUCAAAAUGUUAGGGGCCUUAGAAUUAAAUUAGACUUCGUAAUUCUGAUAUAUUAUUCUUAUCUGAAACCUGGUUAAACAAUUUUAUGAACAAUAAUGAAUUAGGUAUUGUGAAUUAUAACAUUUUUAGAUCUGAUAGAUUGUCUGAUUAUUCUGUAUGAAGUGGUGGAAUUUUAUUAGUGGUUAACCCCAUCUAUAAAUGUGAGCUAUUAUUACAGAUAAAAUAUGGAAUAUUGAACAUAUUUUUAUCUUAUUAAUUGUAAACGAUACUGUACUAUUAUGCUGUGUCGAUAUCAUUCCUAAUUCUUAUGAUACUUAUGCUCAAUUUUCUGAACUAGUUGAAAAUAGCUAUAACUUCAAAACAAACUAUUGAAGAUACUUUGCAUUUAUUUCCUAUAUAUUUCUCCUCUGUUUUUGUGGAUACUAAUCUGAACACCGAUUCUUUUGAUUUUGAAUUAUCUUAUGAUUAUAAUUUAAAUAUUGACACUUGAAAUAUAUCUUUAAACAAAAUCUUAGAUAUGUCUAAUUUUUUGAAUGAUUGCUCAGAUGUAGGGCCAGAUGGUAUACCACCUUUAUUUUUGAAAGCUUGUAAACAUUCUCUUGUUAAACCUUUACAUUUAUUAUUUUUAAUUUUUUUUUUCAUUUACUUUCUCAUUAUAUUUUUCCACAAUUAUGGAAAAAAUCUUUUAUUGCUCCUAUUUACAAAUCUGGUAGUAGAAAUGAUGUUCGAAAUUAAAUAACUAAUUUGUCAAUUUGUCAUUAGUACCAAAAAUCUUUGAAGCUAUUAUAAUUAAAGUUAACUAUGUUACUUUCAAAUAAUAUUUGUGAAUCUCAAAAUGGAUUUUUACCUAAAAUCUCAAUUAACCUCUUAAUAUAUCAGUCUGACCUUUUAAAAUCCUUCCAAAAACCUUUUGACAAAAAAAAUAGUCCACUACUUUUAAAUAAACUAAAAUUCUUUGGAAUUUCUGGUUCGUUUUAGAGGUGAAUAGCUUCGUAUUUGCAUAAUUGAAUUCAAAUUGUAAAAGUAUCUCUUCAGACAUUGAUGAAUGAGUUUCAAGCGUUAUCAGGUGUACGCAAGCAUCUUAUUUAGGACCACUACUUUUUUUAUUAUCUAUAAAUGAUUUGCCUCAUUUGUUUGAUAACAGCGUUACAGUUCUUCUUUUUGCGGAUGGUGCAAAGUUUUAUGCUCAUAUUAACUCAAUUUCUGAUUGUUAAUUUACAGGAAAUCCUUGAUAAAUCCAAAAUUGUUUUCUUCACUCGUAGUAAAAAUCCUGUUACCUAAAAUUACUCUUUGAAUAAUAUAGCUUUAAAUAGAAUUAAUUCAAUAAGUGAUCUCGGCGUUCAUUUCAGCUAUGAUUUAUCUUUUAGAAUAGAUCAUAUGCUUAGCUAUUCUUACAAAAUGUUAGGUAUUAUACUUAGAAAUACCCAAAAAUUUAAAUAAAAACUUACUACUCUGAAAACACUUUAUUGCUUCAUAGUGCGAUCCGUAUUGGAAUUUGCCUCAGUAAUUUUAUCUCAAUCAUUAUCUACUUACAAUUAUGAUCUUGAUAUUAUUCAGUUAAAAUUUUUUAAAAAGAAUCGCUUACAUGAUUACCCUACCUUGACUCUUGAUUACUUAGACGUAAAUUUAUUUAUUUUAUUUUGUAUGGCUUUUAACACAAAUCAACUUAACAAGUCUGUCAUUUUUAAAAAUAUUACUAACAUUUUACUUAGUUCCACUGUCAUUUAGUAUUUUUUUUAGUAUUCUAUAUAUGUAAACUAGUUAUAACUUAUUUUAGAUUCUAAUUAGAGCGAAGAAGUUUAUAGUUUUAUAAAGAUGUAUUUUUUUUAUUAUCUGUGUGCAACUUUUCUAUCAGAAGACUUGCUCGGAUUUCUAUAUGUAGCACCAUUUCUGAAAGGAAAUUGGUGUGGUGAGGUACUUCAAAAAGGUCAUUUUUUGAUUUUCUCAAGAGUUUUCCCUGCAAAUUUGAAAAACCAGGAUAAAACAUGUGAAAAUCUAGAAAGAAUGUAGGAAAACUGGGAAAAUAGGUACAUUAAAUAAAUAUUGUUUAAGAAAAUAUAGAGCUUGUUUAAUUAUUUUACUAUAUCAUGGCAUAUAUAGAUAAACCAUUGCUAACGAAAAAAACAAUUCUGAGCAGAGUUCAGUUGAUAGUGAUGCUUUGUCAACAAUAUAUAAUGUCAUACUAUAGUAAAAUAAUUAAAUAGGCUUUAUAUAUUUUCUUUAAUAAUACUUGUUUAAUGUUUUAACAAUUUUCCCAUGUUUUUCCCGAUUUUCCCAUAUUUUUUCUUGGUUUUUCACAUUUGCUGGAAAACUCUUAGGGAAAUCGAAAAAUGACCUCCCUAAAGUACCUUCCCAAAUUUCCUUUUAGAAAAAUUACACUAUAUAAGUGUUAGUAUUACAACAAUUAUCGUAAAUGGAAAAAAUGAAUAGUGCAUGGAAUUUAUGUUAUGUUAUGAUAUAAUCAGUUAUAUUAUAUAGAAUAGGCAGUUUAUUUCUGAACUUUUCUGAUUAUUGUUGAAAUUUAUUAUACUUGCUUAUAUAUUAUAUUAUUGUUACAUUUGAGGUGUAGAAAUAACUCCUGAAGUUUGACACAAUUAUUGUGCAACACUCUGUAUAGGUACCUAUAUUACUCCAAACCCAAACUUUAUCUUAUCGAGUAUUGUUCAUUUAUUUGGGAAAAAUUUGAUUGUUUGUUGGUGUGUCAAUUAUUUAUAAAUUAUAAUGUACUUAUGUACUUUUCUAUGUAUUUAUGGUAGAAAAAAAAAGUUAGGGGCCCGGGUAUCAAACGCUGCCUAGCUGCCCUGACCAGGCCGACACUGGUACAACCUAUAUUAAAAUUACUUUUUAUUGUACUUAUUAGUACUAGUUUGUAAUUUAUAUUGUAAGUACAGUUGUGUGAAGUGUUUAAUGCAACAAACUUUUUGCAUAAAGAGCAUUAUAAUUUUUUUUUUUACAAUGCCUUAUAAGAUUCAGUCCCUUAUAAGAUUUAAAAAUUCCUACCAUUUCCCCACUUGGUCUAAAAAAUUCAUUGGAUUAUAAUACUAAUUUGUAAUUGUUCUCCAAAGUGAGUUUUGUAAACUGUACCCACUGUAUAAAAAUAAAAUAGUUUUUAAUUAUUUACUUCUACUUCAUAUACCUUAAAUAAGUACAUAUUUUGAUUUUCAAGUAGGAUUCCCUCCUUUAGAACACAAAUUUGAAUAGAGAAUAUUUUUCUAGACAUUUUAAUAUGCAUUACACUAAUAUCAGAUUUUCCAUUUAUGAGUUAUAAAAGUUUAGACUGGAGGAGUAGGCAAGGGUAAUAAAUUGCCUUUCUAUAACAAAAUGUUAUACUAUACCUCUUUUUAUAAGUUAUCAAAUCUUGAAUCUAUUAUUUCCAGAAGAACAGAUUCCAAGUAAAAUGUAUUUGCAUGUGAUUCAAUUUUAUUAAAUCUACACAGUAUAACAUGUUAUUUUAUCUAUUACAAAACUUAUGAAAUAUUUAAUACUUUUCCCCGUUAUGUUAAGUUGGCCUAAUAUCUGAUAAUAAUAAUCUGUUUCUUUAAAACAUACCUAGAAAUUACUAGUAUCUUUGUCAAGACAAAUCAUAGUUUAUUUUGAUAAGAAAUAUAUGAAGUUUACAAGCCCCUUAAAAGUAGACCUCCAUUAAUACACUUUUGUACUUCAAUAUUUUUUUGUUAUUUUUUAUACUGGCAGAUAAGUGAGAAAGUUAUUAAAAAUUCUAAAUUCUUUUAUUUCCUAAAACGUACACAACUAUGUAUAUUUUUUUAAUUUUUGACAUUUUUAUAUGUAUCAAACAGAAAACAUUUAUUCAAAUAAUUUUUCAAAAUCAUUAUUUAUAAACAGAGUAUAUUCAAUUUUUCUCAAUUACUAUUGCAGUGAACCACAUUAUUUUGUGAGUUUUGAAAUGGCACAUUUAUGUUUUGAAUAUGCAUUUUGUUUUAGUUAUAUCAGACAUGUGUUAGUAACACCUUUAGUAAAAUAACAAUCAUUAUAUUUAAAAACAAUAACUAAUUAUAGUUAUAUUUUAUUUAUUUAUAGCAUACUUAUGAUGAUGGUGAUAAAGAAGAUGACUGGUGAAGAUCAAUAACUAUUCUUAAACAUCUACAUGGUUACCAAUCAUUAAUUGAAUUUAAUUUUAGUGUUUAAAGUCAUUUACUACAAGUUGUUUUUAUUUAACUUUUACUUAUCAGGUAUUAUUUGACUUAUUUAUUGAUUAAAUAUAUACUCCGUAUAAUCUUGUAGUGAUAUGACUUAAAAUAAAAUAGUUUAACUUAUAAUUAUUUAUGUGCAUUAUUAUAUUUUUAAAUUAAAUAUUUGAGUUUAUUUUAAAACAGAAAAUUAAUAAUAUUGUUGAGUAUAGAUUCCGAGGGUAGCGAGGGAGCUAUUAUUGGUUUUAUAAUGCUGUUUAUUAUUAUUAUUUUUCCUUUGUUCUUUGUUCUAGUCUGUGUACAUGAUUUUUCCUAGUAAAAUUGCUUCGAUUUUUACGUGUAGCAACAUUUCCGAAACCUCAAGUUGUUUAGAUUGUACUAAAGAGAUCAUUUUUGAUUUUUAACACCAUUUUUUUGAUAAAAGUGGGAAAAACUUAGGAAAACGUAAAAUUUCGAUUUUGUUAUUUUAUAAAAACACGGACAACGUUUUCUACCAGAAAAAAUAUAAGAUGCCUUUGUGAUUUACUUUUUUAUGGUAUCAUCGCUAAAACUUUUGGGCCACUUUUUAGCCCUUAGAAUUUGAAUUUUUGGUAGUUUUUUGCUGUAAUUUAGUUAUAAAUACACGUAGAGACUUGAAACUUGGUAAUAAUACUUAUAUUGGACUUACCUAGACGUAAAAUUUCUAAGAUCAUAGGACAAAUUUUUUUUUUUAUUAUAAGCGUUUUCAAAUAAGCGUUUUCAAAUUUCAAUGAAAAUCGCAAAAAAAAUGACGGCACUUCAAAUUAUGUAUUAUUGAACUACCCUCGGAAUCGUCUUUCGUUAAGUAAUGGUUUAUCAUUGCUUACAGAUAUAAAUGAAAUAACCUGAUGUAUCCUAUCUUCCAACUUCUCACCUACAACAGUGGCCACUCCCAUCUCUAGUAUCAGCUCUUUUUUUAUUUUUUAUUUUUUUUUUUCAGCGGAACACUUAUCUACCAGAAAUCUUGCUCCGAUUUUUAAGUGUAGCAACUCUUUCGAAAGGAAAUCGGAAAUGGGAGAUCGUUUUGUAAUGUUUUGGGAGUUUUCUCAACAAAUGGGAAAAUGUACAAAAUUUAUUAGUAAAAUGAUACCAUCUCUUUUCUUUGUGGACAACUCCUCUACCUGAG